AAAAUAUACCGUGUCACAUAAACACAUUCACAGAGGGGAUACUGCAGCUUAACGACUAACUACUAUGGAUGACACACAUGUAUCAGAACUUGAAUGGCCCAGUUAUGGAGAAAUGUACCUGCCCAAGCUUGUGCCAUUCUUAAAAGACGCGGAACAUGCACUGAAAUACAUAAGGGACAUGAAACUUGGAGAAAAUGCUAUAAUUCUGGCAACAUUUCCAAGAUCAGGUACCCAUUGGGUAUGGGAGAUAAUGGGCAUGCUUCUGAGGGGAAAAGCCGAGUAUUCUACGGUGACUAGGGAACAGGUUUUCGUAGAGGGAUUGUCGGACAUGAGUCAGAUGCAGGGUUAUAAUGGUGUCAUGAGCACCCAUGUUCCAUUUCAAUGGCUGUCAAAACAACAUGUGGAUAAAGGCAGGAAAAUAGUAUACGUUGUGCGUAACCCGAAAGAUGUCGCUGUGUCUUUGUUUAAAUUUCUUUCAUCAUGUGGAUAUCUAUUACCUGGCCCGAGCUUUGAAAAUUUUUUUGACGAACUUUACAUUGGACGAAAGGCGAUGUACGGGGGAUGGUUUGAGUAUAAUAAAAAGUUUAUCGAAGAAGCCACUGUUCGAAAAGAUCAAAUAUUGAUGAUACAAUACGAGAAACUGCAAAGAAACACAGAAGCAGAGAUUCGGAGAUUGGCUGACUUUUUGGGAGUUAAAGAUGAAAACGGACUAGUCAAAGAAGUAACAGAGAAGUGCACCUUUCAAAAUCUUCAGCAAGCGGACAAAAGUGUCAGGGAGGACAAAAAGAUGGCGGAAUUAAUGAAUGAACUCCAGCUGAAUGAAAAUCCUACAGUCUACAGAAAAGGAAAGAUUGGAGACUGGAAGAAUCACUUCACUGUAGCAAUGAAUGAAACAUUGGACAAAGUAUAUGCAGAGAAAAUGAAUGGAGUCGAUUAUCAAGUAGAAUUCGAAUAGAACUGGUAGAAUUGAAAUGGCGUAAUUUUCUUUAAUCAUGUGUUCAUAUGUUAAACAUAUAAACAUAGUUUUUAGGAAGCCAAUACACAGUUGUUUGUGAAAAUAAUACUGAGUAAUGGAUGAUCACACAUUCAAAAUGAACAUUAUGCACGGAACUUACUUCUUUGUCUUUUAGUAUAUUUUUGAUUCACUUGAUGUUCGAACAUUUAUUCUAAUACUAAUAUGAAAAUAAAAUAAAAUAAUGGCG